AAUAUAAUAAGCGAGGGAGAGGAGCCUGAUGAGGAAGUUGAGAUCUGCUGUAAUAAUACAACACACCCACCUCUCCCUGUCACAAGACUAGACUUAUUCAUGACGGUGGGGGUGGGGGGUUCAUGUGUGCUUGGUGCGUGUUGCAUGCUUGCAUGCACGAGUAGUGAUCCAUUCAUGCAAGCAAUGCAAGUCUUGUGUACAUCAUAUUUUGCACUCCCCAUAUGAUGAGAGGUAUUAAUGCACCAUUAUUAAUGUAGCUGUGGUAUUGCAGUGAAUAGGUGUAAGUGCAUCAGUGCACAUAUAGAGCAGACAGGGACAGUGCACGAGCUAAGGUCAAGGCUUGUAUUCUGCCAGGGACUCUCUGUUAAACAGGAUGUAGCAGUUGCUCAGAGCGGGAACAGGUGGCUGUCAACGUGACUACAGCCAGUGAAUCACAGCUAACAGUUGCCCCCAGAGUUUGCACCACUCCCCCGAUCUGCAAGCACACAAGAGAAAAGGGAGUUUUAUCCAGGCUCACGCGCUGAGAUAAAACUCCCCACCUCGUUUGUUUCCAAACUUUGCCCCCCUCGACACUCUUCCCCGCGCGGUGCUUCAGCACUUUGUGGCUACUAUAGCGGUAAUCGGUGUUAUAUUUGGGCUCCUCGCGGAAGGAAAUAUGAGCCGCGAGGACAGAGCGGAGCUGUCCACGCGGCCAGGGAGGCAACGCGGGCGCCGCGCGCUGCGGGCAGUUUGGAAGAUGCUGUCUGUGCUAAUCAGCACUCUGCACGGUGAUUUGCUCAUGCAGUGUUAUGAUGAUUCAACAUGAGCUCAGCCCUCAUUAGACAGAAGAAGGAGUAGAUAUAUUUUGAAGAGCAAAGUGGAAGCCAAGAGGGUUCUGCAUGACGGAUCUUUUCUCUCAAAUUAAUGCUCCUUCUUGGACUUUUAUUUUUGGGUUCUCUGAGAGUCACCGUCGGCAAGCAGGAGCUGUUGUCGGGGCUCGUUGACAUGCAUUCCCCCUGAGCUGGGCGACGCCUCCUUCGGUGUUGUGGUGGCAGGAUGCCAGUGCAGGCAGCCCAGUGGACAGAGUUCCUGUCCUGUCCCAUCUGCUACAAUGAGUUUGACAGCAGCGGCCACCAGCCCAUCAGCCUGGGCUGCUCCCACACGGUGUGUAAGACCUGCCUACACAAACUGCACCGCAAAGCCUGCCCCUUCGACCAGACGCCGAUCAGCACGGACAUCGAUCUGCUGCCGGUCAACUGCGCCCUGCUGCAGCUGGUUGGAGCUCAGGUCCCAAAUCUGCAGCAGGUGAGCCUGAGCAGUGCAGCAGAGGUGGCACACUAUGAGGUCUGCAGGGUGUGUGUAGAAGAGCUGGCUCUCUACUUAAAACCUAUCAGCGGAACAAAAGGUGUGGCGACCCUGAGUCCGAGCGUGCUUAGUCGGCCCAUGCAGAGGAAGCUGGUGACCUUGGUGAACUGCCAGCUGGUGGAGGAGGAGGGCCGUGUGCGGGCUGUGCGUGCAGGCCGGUCGCUGGGGGAACGGACUGUAACCGAGCUCAUCCUGCAGCACCAGAACCCCCAGCAGCUCUCUGCCAACCUCUGGGCGGCGGUGAGGGCGCGGGGAUGCCAGUUCCUGGGACCUGCUAUGCAAGAAGAUGCGCUGAAGCUGGUUUUGCUGGCUCUGGAGGACGGCUCGGCUCUGUCCAGGAAGGUGCUGGUUUUGUUUGUGGUCCAGAAGCUCGAGGCUCGGUUCCCUCAGGCCUCGAAAACCAGCAUAGGCCACGUGGUGCAGCUGCUCUACAGGGCUUCCUGCUUCAAGGUGACUAAGCGUGAUGAGGACUCCUCCCUGAUGCAGCUGAAGGAAGAGUUUCGUACAUACGAGGCUCUCAGGAGAGAACACGAUGCCCAGAUCGUCCACAUCGCCAUGGAGGCGGGCCUGCGGAUCUCACCUGAGCAGUGGUCUUCCCUGCUGUACGGAGACCUGGUCCACAAGUCACAUAUGCAGUCCAUCAUUGACAAGUUGCAGUCUCCAGAGUCGUUUGCAAAGAGCGUUCAGGAGCUCACAAUUGUUCUGCAGAGGACAGGAGACCCAGCCAACCUCACAAGCCUUAGACCACACCUAGAGCUGCUAGCCAACAUAGACCACAAUCCAGAUGCCCCGGCGCCAUCGUGGGAGGAGCUAGAGAGUGUGAUGCUGGCUGUGAAGUUGGUGGUUCACGGACUUGUGGAAUUCAUACAGAACUUCAGCAAGAAGAGCCACGACACUCCACAGCCUCAGGCCAACAGCAAGUAUAAGACCAGCAUGUGCCGCGACCUGCGUCAGCAGGGUGGCUGUCCCCGAGGAACCAACUGUACAUUCGCACACACACAGGACGAGCUGGAGAAAUUUAGACUGAGGAACAAGAAGAGCAGCAGCGUGGGCCGUGCGUUUCCGUUAGCACCUGGGGUUAUGGGUAAAACCUUCACCAUGGAGGGCAGCAUCCACGCAGAUGUGUCUGCUGGGGUGGGGCAGGGGCUAAAAGGCACAAUGGAAAACACAGCUCCCCUGACAGAGGGAGUUCCUGGCCUCACUCACCCCCAACUUAUCUCCAGAGGGGCUGACAUGAUAGAGGAAAUGAAGCGAGUGGUGCCAAAUGGAUCCGGUGGGGCUAACGGGUCCAGCGUGCUAUCUGGCGCCAACAGAAUUGCGUCGGGGUCAACAGAACAGAAGCCCAUAUCCCCUCCCAGGACACCAGUCAGUCACUCCACAGCAUCGUCUCCCUUGACCACAGUUGGACGGGGUGAUGGCAGUGCUCCCGUACCCAAACAUGGUCAGUUCAUGCUGCGAGCACCACAUCCUUCGCAGGCGACAGAGCUGUACUAUCAGGAGCCCCACUCCGCUUAUGACACAGCCCACUAUCAGCCAACCUCAGGUUCUUACUACCCAUCUACCCUUCACGCCCCGCACAAACCCUGCAUGGCUCGCUUCCUCCGAUCGUCUAAUGUCCCAGAAUCCUCCCUGCCACCCUCCAUCGGCCCUCCGCCGACCUCCUACCCCAGUGACCCUCAGACGCCACACCCGCCUUCCUCCUCUUCCUCGGGGUACCCACCGCACCCGCCUAGAGAUCGGAUGGGUCCCGCCUUCCACGCCCACCCGGGGCAGCCCCAGUAUGGGCCUCUGGCUCCUGCUCAUGGGGUUUAUGCUCCCCUGUAUGACAGCAGGAGAGUAUGGAGGCCUCAGCUUUACCACAGAGAGGAUGCCAGGAGUAACUCACUGCCCCCAGAGGUGCUGCAUUCCUCUGUCUACCAGCCUCCACUCAGGGAGAGAUUCAACUCUCUAGAUAGCAACUACUGCUCUGGAGCUGAACACCGUGCAGGGCUACACAGGGAUUACGGUCGUGUUCCUCUGGGCUACGAGGAUCUGUUCAGAAGGAAGCAGGAGCAGUGGGCUCAUCAUCACCAUCAUCACAACACCAACAGACCUUCCCAGUCCUCCCCCAUCUUCACCAUCGAUUUUGCAACUGAGCACGUAGAGAGCAGCGGAGGCCAAUGCGUGGGGUGCAGGUUCAGAGGCGAGGAAAGCUUAGCGCACUACUCCCCGUGGUCCUGCGGUACCAUCGGCCCCUGCCUCAGCCCCUUUGAGCCUGAAACGCUCACACACACUUCAGCUCACUCCUGCUCUGAACACUCGGAGUUAGACAGCAAUGGAGGGGGAGGCGGAGGCGUCGGUGGCAGCAGCGUCGGGAAGCGGUGGCUGCAUUCGCUGGAUCACUACCGCCGCCUGAAGGACGAGGACCCGAUCAUUCCCUUCAGCGAGGGGCCCAUUAUCUCCAAGUGGGGCGCCAUAUCCAGGGCGUCGCGCACGGGCUACCACACCACCGACCCUGUCCAAGCCACAGCCUGCCAGAGCAGUGCCAGCACCACGCCCAUCAACUUUAAAGAUUACAACCCCCAUUUGGAUCAGAGUGACUACAGGUGGAGCUCCAGAGGAUCAGACUCCUCCAGCCACUCCAGUUUCCUUGAAAGUGAGCAGCUCUGUGCAUCGGAGCUGCACGGCCGUCGAACUUCAAUAAGUAGUGGAGAGAAAAUGGUUUCUGAUCUGCAAGCCCAUCAGACCACCUAUAGCCAGGAUCGGGACCGGGCUGAGAGCGAGUCAGACCCAGACCGGGACAUUGAGCUCGAACUGUGCGCUCUGGACAUGGAGGAUUCAGACCACCAGGAGAUCAAGUCUCAGGAGUCUUUAGACCUGGCUACCCCACAGUCUCAGGAUGCUUCCCACCUCCUCCCACCUCCCUGCUCCUCUCCCCUCCUCUCAUCCCCUGUAGAGGAUCACCCCCAAACAGAGGGUCCUUCAACAGAAAAGAUGGAUGCUCACCUGUUGAAAAAGAUGGCCUUCAGGAAGUCUCUGUCUCCUGGAGGGUUGGUCUCAGGAGGCCUGGGUGUUGGCAAACUGGUGCUGCGGACUGGACCUUCUCGACUGGGGGACGCCUCCACCCGGGGUUGUCCGGAAACGCCUGGGACAGAGAUGCUACUCAAUGGAAGCUAAGGGGACACAAAGUCAGGCAGCGACCUGUAUCGUGCUAGCGCUGAGCUGCUAGCCCACAACCAGAUCCUGGUUAAAGGGAAUACCAUUUAAUUCCAGCCUUCAUAUAUGUAAAUCAUAUGCCUAAAUAAAACUUGACAGAUAUGGGUCAACGGUCUGUGCUGUGCCACACCGCAAGGGGAAAGAGAAAACACACUGCCCUGCCUCCUAAGUGGUAAUUUUCACCAAUGUAUAGCUUCACACAGAAUUUAGUGAUAUCAGCGUUUAUGCCUAGUAAGGUACAUGAUCAGUCUGCCCUUACAGUAGAUGCUGAUGAUGUUUGCAGUUUAAUCCCUGGUCAGACAUGUGGUCUGCCAGACAGCAAAACCCCAUUCAGUAGGUGGCAGUACAAUAGGUGAGAUUUCUUCAGUCGUGCCACUUUUUCAGUUUACGUUAGGAUUUCCUCACCAAGGCACUGGUUUAUAAUCAAGCCCCAUAUAGCUAUACAAACAAACCUGGCAUUAUUAUGGAUAACUGAGUUAUUUUUCAUCUCUUUCUAUCUCUGUACAUGUUAAGGCCACUGGUUUCUUUUAUAGCCUUUGUUGUGUUGCUGCAUCGCACAUUUUCCAGAAAAAUGAAGAAACAGACAUAAUAAUGCUGAGAGCAAAAAUGGGUAGGGCACCCCAGCCCUCCAAUUAAAUAAGAAAACUGCUGAAAACAGGCCUCCACUAUGCUGAUAGUGAAACAAGCCUCUGUCUUUUAUGAGUCAUAUGAUCUUUUAUAUGUUGACCUUCAAAUUCCCUUGGUUGUCAUGAGAUCACAGGACACAAUGACACAGUCAUAAACUGAAUUUGUUAAUGAUCAUUGAUAACAGAGGGUCAUGAGGGAUGAACAAAGUAAAGAUGUGUUUGUUUUUUUUCCAUCCAUAAUAUAUUUUCUUUCUGCGUAACUGAAGAAUACAAAGCAAUUCUUUUAGUGAUAGAAAUUGUAUUUUGAGCUGCAGAUGGAGCUAAUUAUCUCCGAGCCACGUUAACUCACAGUCAAUCUCAAAAACUAUUGUUUCAUCUCUGUGUGCCUGUAGUGGUACUGGCAUUUAAUCCUGCUGACUGUAAGUUAGGAACAGUCUCAAAGCUCUCUCAUACACACACAUGCAAUACUGUGGCCUUCCUCUCCUUGGUGUUGUACAAAACUAAACAUUGGGCUCCACAGUGAUGUUUAACAGACUCCUGUCUUAUUUCAGAAACGGAACACUGGAAGUCAAAAUUUUUGUAAGCCCGUGACUUUUUCUGUGCUUUCCAGUCCAGUCACAUUUACAUGUGCUGUGUAAACAACAUCCAGAGGUCGUGCAUGAUUUUUCAAGCCUACAAAAGUGAGACACCACUUCCUGUGUUUCUUCAUGUUAUGUCUUUGUUUAACAUUUCAAAAAAAAAAAAAAAGUUUUGGUUUGUUUUAUUUUAUGCAUUGCUAACUUCUGUGAAGUUGUCCGUCGGGGUAUUUUUGUAUCAGGAUCUUUGUUACUCGUUUUGUUCGUUAUGUUUUAAUUCACAGCUGAGACGAAACUGAUCAUCCUGUCUGAUGUUUCUCUGUGUUUGCUAGCUGUCAGAUGCGCUGUCAUCAGAACGCCGUAAUCCACCAAAGUCUAGUUCACUGUAAUUUUGUGCAGUAUGGGUGAUUUCCAUACAGACCAGCCUUGCCUCACUCCCUUUUAUAGAUAUAUGAGGCAUCUUGUCAUGUGUGGUUUAGUCUUAAUGACUUUAGAAUGAAACAUUAACCCAUCUUAUAUAUAUAUAUAUACAGGAUUUAAAGUCAUGGAGACUCCACUGAGUUUGUUUACACCUAUUCUAAAUCUUAUGAGAUUUGUGUAGAAUGAGAAAAUGAGGGUUAACUAAUCUUUAAAUCUUCCAAGUUCCCUCUUUGAUUUCCUCUCACCUCAGCUACUGUAUCCUUUCAAAAAAAAAAAAAAACUUCAUGAGAGGCAAGCAGCAAUGUCCUUCCCCUCAAGUUAUAUCUUAAAUCCCAUUUUAGAGGAUGGCAGAAUGGCUGUACGCAUGAGGAAAGGUUUUUGAGUCACAAUUUAAAACUUUGAACAGCGAAAAUGGUGGACUUUUGGGGGUUUCUGUCUUAUCUUUCACUCAACUGCUGAGAGAAGCGGGUAGGGAAAGUGAACUAAACUGAACAAUUCUGCGUGACUUGAUGUGAUGCUUCUGUUUUUUUUGGGGUGGGGUGGGGGGUUGUAGCGUUCAUUUCUGACAAAAGGCAAGAGCCGGCGUGGGGAUUUUAGCUGCUCCAAGUCAUGAAAUUAGCCUCAGCUACCUACUGUCGCUCUGCAUCUGUUUACAACUUCACCUUUGAAGUCAUGUAACGUUAAGUGCCAUGUCGUGUACAGUACAGUACAAUCAAUCCCUGCAAUUUUUUCCUAUAGCUUUUCAUAUUCCUCUGCUGUACACUUAUGCGAGGACGGAAAGGCUGCAGUCAAAUCGAGGAGUGAGAUACUUCUCCUGUAGUUCUGCUUUGUUCCAUUAGAGGAGGCUAGAUCCUUGUCUGUCUGAAUCGCUCAGGGAAGACUUAAGUUGCUCAGCUACUGUGGCUUUUUCUAUAUUCAUUUUUAAAUAUUCUGUGGAAGGUAUUUACCUGAAUUUCACUUGCCAACUUGACAACUGAUCCUUUCGCCCAAAGCAUAAAUGGGUCAAAGUGUUAAACGCUGAUUAUAUUGUCUGCCAGUGUUUACUUUGCCAGUGUUUUCUUUUGCCUCUCAGUAUCAAUAUUGGCUUUGCUAUUCUUGCUCUCACGGGAAAGGGCUGGGCACUACUGUAUGUAAAAACAGUAUUGUGAGUAUUGAACUUAUGUCAAAGUGAUACUCCCUGUUCCCUUCAAAGUGUCUAUCAAGCACUGCAGUAGUGGCUAAUUGCACUGCACUAAUUAACCCCCCCCCCCCCCAUCACUGCCAGCAGGUGUGCUCUUGCCAGGGAGUGCCACCCCACCACCACCACCACCACUCCUGCCCCCUUUUCCCUCACCCCCAGCACCUCUGUCCUCCCUCUGCAUCCUGCCUCAUGCAUGUGAUAUAGUCCCUCUUGUGAUGGCGGAGGAGUACUGAUGAUUCUGUAGUUGUGAUACAACACACCCAGCGCUGUAAGAGUUCUGCACAUGCCCACUGUGUGGCCACGUCAAGUGCUGAAGUUUGCUUGCAGCAUUUUACUCGUUUGCUCAUGAAAAUUAAUUAUUGUUUGAUAGAGAUUAUAUUGUUAUUACUAUUAUUGUUAUUACCACAUUUGGUUGUUGUUGUGGUAUUUUUCCUUCUUAGUAUACUCUAAGUCUGCUUCUUUGUUUUUGAAUUUGAGAGUUUGCUGAAACUGUUGAAAUUUUUUAUUAGACAAGGAAGUGUCUCAUCAUUCUAACUAAAUGGAAAAAAGCCUGUUUGUUGAUUGUGAAACAUAUGAUGAACUGAUGUUUUCUGACUAUUCAUGUCUGUAUUAGACAUUUUAUUUGCGAAUCUAUUGUUCGAUUGAAAUGUAAAUGAACUAUUAAGAGAUGGUACACAUCCGUCAUUGUAUACAGUCUGGCACCAUCAUUAGAUGGACUUAUAGUAUAGAUGCUCAUUUAUACAACCUGUGAUAAUCAGCUAUAUUUAAAUGUUUAAAUCACUGGGGCAGUUGUGUAAUGUUUCAGAAUGAGGAAAAUAAAAUCCUUAAGAGACAGCAUAUCUAAAAUGUCCCCGUAAAGAAUAAUACUGUUACGUAUUCCAUUUAUUUCCUUGGAAAUAUCACAUUGUGAAAGGUUUCCCUUUUACUUAACUGUACGGUAAUGCAGGAAUGGAGUAGGUCUAACCUAUGGUGAUGAUGAUUUAUGUGCUAUUAAUGGUUGAUGAUACUGUUUGAGUGUUGUUUGACUGACUGAUUGAUUCUUCUGUGCAUUUUCUGGCUUGUUCACCUGUAUUACACUGACUUACAGACAGCUUGGCCGAGCAGCGUACUGCUUCUGUGUUGCACUGAGAGAUGGAAUUAUAUGAAAAGGAAGAUUUUAGCACAUGAAAUUGCAUGCUACAAUAAACCGACAAACAAAUAA